AUGCCUGAGAAAUGGUCUGAUGUUGAGGGCCAGAUAGUUCUACGAGACGAUGAAAAUUAUCUUACGAUACGACGUACGAAUGGUUCAGAUAAAAAUGAUCAAACCGCUCGUGGCGGCAAAACUACUGAAAUUCCGAUUACAGAAAUGCUCUCGUUAGGUUGUAUUCACAAUGACAACAAUGGACGUGAUCCUAAUUUCAUACUAGAAGUGAAAUUUCGAAGUAAAAAAUGUCGGCUUGGAUUUGAUGAUAAUAAAGACUAUAAUUACUGGAAAUCUCUUCUCGAGGCUGUGUUUCAAUCAAAUCAAGCCACGACAAACAUGAGCGGCCGAAAUCCAAUUUAUGAAUCAGUUGCAACUCGUUCGUUUAAUGUCGAUAUUCGUGAUAGCGAAACAGAACGCUUAUUGAAAUUUAAUGGUGAAUGCCAUUUAUCAAUCGAUAAUGAUAAACUCGUUAUAGGCCGGCGACACCAUCAAAAACAAUGGUCAUUCCAACUAAUUCAUAUUACAAAUUGUAAUGUAAACGGAGUCGAGAUGAUGUUUGAAUUGAGCCAAGAAGCUUGUAUUCAAGGCAAAUUAAGAUUUUCCUGUGCAUCAGUAGAUGAUGCGACUACCGUUUAUUCACUAAUUCAACAGGCAAAUCAGCAAGUACUUCAACCACCUGCUCGUACAACUCAAAAAGGAGUUACCACAAAUAAUGUAACGCAACAUGGAGAGAAAUUGACGACUUCAACGGGAGAAUCGAUGCGAACCAGUUCUAGAGAGCAACCAUCUGCAAAGAAUAAGAACAAACAUGGGCCUACACUACCACCCAGAAAGCUGUCGUCUACAUCUAACAAGCCUUCUGUACAUAUCUCAGUAAAUUCAAAACCAACUCAACCACUGUCUUCACCUCCAGCCACAAAACCAGAAUCUUCUUAUUACAACUCUCUUGAAGAACCAACAAUGCUACCAUCAUCAGUUUCCAAUAAUUAUAUGCCUUUCGAAAGAAGUAUACCAAUCAAAACAACUCAAGUCUGA